CAAGAAUGAAAGAGGCCCGCGAUAAAGCGCCGUGACAUGGUAUUAGACAUGCAUAUGUAUCUCCUUAUCAUUGUUCGCAGGACUGAGUCAAGGAAGGCCCUAGAAUGCAUGCGGUGUUGUUGAUUGGAUUGUGUGCUGCGGUGUCGGCCUACACUGAAGACUGGGAUAUAUUCACGUACACCCAGGAGUGGCCUGUUGCUGUCUGUAUCAAUGGUAGAGAGGAGCAUCACACCUGUUCAAUUCCACAAGACGUGACGGGAUGGGGGAUACAUGGAAUGUGGCCUACGAAGACGGGAACACGAGGACCCACAAGCUGUGGUACACAGCCCUUCGACCAGAAUGCCAUCUCGGCCAUUUUGCCAAAAUUGAAGCUUCUGUGGCCAAACAUGUACUCUGAUUCAUCUGAAUACAGCUUUUGGGAGCAUGAAUGGAGUAAACAUGGGACGUGCGCCAGUUCACUCAACUCGACGUCUACAGAAUAUAAAUAUUUCUCCAAGGCUCUGGACCUUUACACUCGAUUUAACGGACAGACAUUACUAGGUAAACAGGGCAUAGUACCAAGUUCCUCUGCAACAUACAACAUAAAACCGACUGAAGCAGCACUGAAGAGAGAGCUGGGUGUUAACGCACUAGUGCAAUGUACAUACGACCACGACACCAGGAGACAAGUAAUAUACGAAAUCGAAAUUUGCCUGAAUAAGAGCUUCGAGCCUGUAGACUGUUACCCGGAUGAUGACAACACUUCCGGAAAAAGAAGCCACCAUCAUAAAUAUACAAGCCAUCCUGAGAGUUCGUGUCCGGAGAGCUACGGGUUUCACUAUCCACCUCUUCCCGGGGUGUAUACCAAUCCGAACGCACAUUAAAUGUUUUCAUGAUUAUCAAAAUAAAAUUUUAGUGGGAGGCCA